AUGCGGAACCUUGGAUACGGAGGCCCGAUUGCGAUCGCGCCCCCCCGGCCGCCGCUGGGUCGGACGCCGUACCCGGGCCCCCUUAGUCGCCCCCCCAGCGCCGUGCGCGCCUGGAGGCGGGGCCAGAUUCAGCCCCCGACCCCGGAGCCCCCAGGUCAACCCCAAGGGGGAGCGGUCGCGGCGCGGGGCGCGGCCCGGGCCCCCGCGGCACCGGGCAGCGGGGAGGGGGCCCGGCUGUUGGCUCCGGCCCGGCUCAUCACCGUGGCCGCCCCCGGCCGCUCCGGUUUCGCCCGCCUCCAGCUCCGGCUCCGGCUCCGGCCCCGGCCCCCCCUGCGCCCGGCCCCGUACCCCCCCAGCGCCGCCGCCGCCGCCGAGAGGAGACUGGCGCAGCGCAGCCGGCACAGACACCAGGCUCCGGGAUCGGGCUCGGGGCGAGCGCGCCCGACGGCCUGCGCCCGGACCGACCCCGGGAAGGGAACGGCGCCACGCAGGGCGGCCGGACUGGUGGGCACCGAGCUAGGCUCGGGCCUGGCUGCAGCAGCAGCGGCUGGCUGUCACCCCUACUUCAACCUGCCCGACUUCACCCAGCCAUCACCGCCCUCCACUCCGUCCAGCCUCCCCUCGCACCAGCGCUGCCGGCCCUCUGAUGUCACCAAGGGCCUGCUCGUGGCCCUGCUGGGUGGGGGCCUGCCCGCUGGCUUCGUGGGCCCCUUCUCCCGUAUGGCUUACCAGGCUUCCCACUUACCCUCGCUGGAGCUGCUCAUCUGUCGAUGCCUCUUCCACCUCCCUAUUGCCCUGCUGCUUAAACUGCGUGGUGACCCCCUCUUGGGACCUCCCGAUGUCCGGGGCCGGGCCUGCCUCCACGCCCUGCUCAACGUCCUCAGCAUCGGAUGCGCCUACAGCGCGGUUCAGGUGGUGCCCGCUGGCAACGCUGCCACCGUCCGCAAAGGUUCUUCCACCGUCUGCUCUGCUCUCCUCGCUCUCUGCCUCGAGAGCCAGCGUCUCAGCGGCUAUGACUGGUGUGGCUUGUUGGGCAGCACCCUGGGACUCAUCAUCAUUGUGGGACCUGGACUAGGGACACUGCAGGAGGGGACCACAGGCCUCUACACUGCCCUGGGCUAUGUGCUCGCUUUCCUGGGUGGCCUGGCACUGUCGCUGGGCCUCCUGGUGUACCGUUCCCUGGACUUCCCCUCCUGCCUACUGACAGUGGCCUUCCUGUUUGGCUUGGUGGGGCUGGUGGGCUCCGUGCCAGGCCUCUUUCUGCUGCAGACCCCCGUGUUGCCCAACGAUCCUCUGAGUUGGAGCUGUGUGGGGGCAGUGGGGAUCCUCGCCCUGGUCUCCUUUGUGUGUGUGAGUUAUGCGGUCACCAAGGCCCACCCUGCCCUGGUGUGCGCCGUCCUGCACUCUGAGGUGGUGGUGGCUCUGAUGCUGCAGUACUAUGUGCUCUAUGAGACCGUGGCACCUUCUGACGUCAUGGGGGCAGGGGUCGUGUUGGGUAGCAUUGCCAUCAUCACCGCCCAGAACCUCAGCUGUGAGAGGGAAGGGCAGGUGGAGGAGUGAGAUCGAACUUGAGAGCCUGGGGGUGGGGGGGCGGGACUGGGUAAAUAGAAGGAAAAACUGGAAUACAAACAUAAGAGAACAAGUGACUGGAAGAGAACUGGUGUGGGAGAGUGACACCCCUUGGAGUCAAGGGUGAAUUGGGGACUUGGUGGAGAGGGACUGCCUAGAAGACUGCCUGGAAGACCUGGAACAAGCCUGGAGAGCAGCAUAUUUGGAGUCUAGGCUGGGGCUCGAAGGGAGGUCUGAGGAGCAGAUCAAAGCGGCUGAGGCAGGCAGGCCAUGAGCCACCGGGAGGAUUUUUCCCUCAGCGGCAGAGAGAAAAGCCUUGGGGCUGGAGUGUCUGGGGCUUUCAGGCAAACAGAGCAAGCAGCUGCGGUGGGGGAAGGGAGUGUGUUUUCUUUCCCUGAGCGAUGGUUUCCCUUCCUCGUGGUUAUGCCUCCCCACCUUGGGGUGGUGACGUGAUAUUGACAUCAAACAAGGAUCACUCUGAAUAUAGCUGUGCAGUUGGUGUCGUCUCUGCUUUGGAAGGACAGUUGGCCAGCGUCCUUCCGGAGAAGGCCUCUGAGCUGAGGCCUCUUCGAGCGGCUCAGGUAGAGGAUCCAGAACGAGAGCUCCGUACAGCGCCCCAUUAGAGGCGAGGAGUUGCCUACCCGCCCCAGGAGGCCGCUCGACAGAUAUCAGCUACUUCCGGACAAGCAAUCGGCCUCGCCAUGUUAAUCUGUUCUUGCAUAUUCAGCGCGAUUACUGCAUAUUCAUGAUCAAGGACGGCCCCAGUACUCCCCCUCUUCGGGAACCCACUUGGGAGGAUCCGACCGGCCCCGCCUCCUUCAUUACCGAAUCUCAGAACAGACCAUUUACCAGCGUGGGGGGGGUGAUAUUAAUGAGAAACUUUGGCUGAAAAUGAAACCACACGCCAAACUAGAAUA